AUGGGCAUGCCUGGACCACAAGGAUACAGAGGAUCGUCUGGUAACAUUGGACCAUGGGGUGAGGUUGGGCCCCAUGGCCUUCCAGGUGACCAGGGGCCACAAGGUCCUGUUGGCCCGCUUGGAGUUACUGGUUACCCAGGUAAAGAUGGGCCUCAGGGAACAUCUGGAUCCGCUGGUGUCCAAGGAGAAAAGGGAUCUAGAGGAGCUUUGGGGCAGAAAGGAGUUGCUGGUCUCGAUGGGUCCAGUUGGACUAAAGGGACCUGAGGGGCCAGCUGGACAAACAGGCAUAUCUGGUGACAAGGGAAACACUGGGCCCCCUGGAGAGAAAGGGCCAAAGGGAGCUGAAGGCAACAGAGGCAACCAAGGGCCACAGGGAGCAAAGGGGCCACCAGGGAAACAGGGAUACAGGGGUUCACCAGGGGAUCGAGGAAAACAUGGAGUGCCAGGGCUCAAGGGUGAGCCAGGUACCAGAGGUUCAUCAGGCAUGCUUGGACAGUUCGGUCCAGGGGGCAACACUGGGGGAGCCGGGGUCAAAGGCCAAAAGGGGUUCCGGGGACACACUGGCCCCCCUGGCAGUAUAGGACCCGCUGGACAAAUUGGACCAUCAACACCAGGUUUUCCAGGCAAGAGAGGUGCUGAGGGAAAAGCUGGAAUCCCUGGACCAAAGGGCAGUCAUGGUGAGAAGGGCAAGCGCGGUCUUCAAGGCAUCAAAGGAGACCUGGACAUUAGAGGUCAAACAGGGGCAAAAGGAGAGCCGGGGACAAGAGGCACAAUGGGAACUGUGGGGAAGAUGGGGUUCAUUGGCCCUUCAGGUGCUAAAGGUCGACCUGGACCUGCUGGUCCUCCCGGUCUUCUCGGAACUAAAGGAAGCCAGGGGCCUAAAGGAAAAGGAGGCCAGCCCGGAAGGAAAGGAAACAAAGGAAGUCUUGGAAAAAUUGGAGCUGAAGGCCCACCGGGUAGACCAGGACCUGUUGGACGACCUGGAAAACCUGGCGUAAGCGGUUUGGAUGGGUUACUAGGGGUUGAGGGUAAUGAAGGAGAUCCGGGUGAUAUUGGUUUCAGAGGAGCUCCUGGAACACCUGGCAGGCCUGGCAAAAUGGGAAAUCCUGGAUCUCCUGGGAUCAGUGGGAAUAUUGGAGCACCAGGGUUCAAGGGAAAAGCUGGACCAAAAGGAAAAGGACUAAAUGGACCAAUGGGGCCAAAGGGUAUUCCAGGACUGAGAGGAGAGAAGGGCGAGUCUGCAAUUACUGGUCCAAAGGGUCUCCUAGGUGACAUGGGAACACCUGGACCAAUCGGGCCACCUGGACUAAAGGGGAAUCCUGGUUUGCAGGGCCUGAAAGGCCAAAGAGGUCAUAAGGGAAAGAAGGGGGGUACUGGUCCUCCUGGUCCAAGUGGGCGAAAAGGCUUUCUUGGACUCACUGGCCACCUUGGAAAGAAGGGAAUGAAAGGUGUCCAAGGCAGUGGAGGACCAAAGGGAGUGAAGGGCAAGCGUGGACCUCCAGGAAAACCAGGUUCACCAGGCAAGCACAGGCUUACACAAAGGCAGGAAUCAAGGCCUGAGCCAAAACCAGGUCCAGGAAAUGAGCUAUGGCCAAAAACAAGACCCAGUACAAGAUCAAAACUGAAAAAUGUGCCAAGAUCAAGACAAACACCCAGCCUCCUGAAGCUAAGGGAAGGGCAACAAAAAUGGCCAAGGUCAGUGUCCAGGAGAUGGUCUGACGUAGAUGAGGAAUCCUUCAGCUGGCCGCGGGGAACUGAAGACGAUCCUGCCACCACCUGCUACGAGCUGGGACUCAUACACCCACAUCUGAAUGAUGGUUACUUUUACAUGGACCCCAAUCAAGGCUGUCCCUAUGAUGCUGUGAAGGUAUUCUGUAACUUCACAGCAGGAGGAACAACCUGCAUUGACCCUUUACAGUCUCAGAUUAAAUUACGUUGGGAACCAAUAAAGAAGAAAUCAAAAAUGCCUGUCCAGUGGUUUAGUCAGCAGCACGGUGAAAACAAGUUUGAGUAUGCUGGUGUGGACAUUGUCCAGCUGAGGUUUCUGCGGUUACACAGCCACACAUCUUUCCAAAAUAUGACUGUCAGGUGUACAACAAACCAUUCAAGCACUGCUGGAACAACCCAUUCAGCCAAUAGGAUUAUUCACUUCCUGGGAGACUCUGGCAAAGAAAUUCUUUCACACCUAACCACAGUUUACAGGAAAGGCUGUGAGGCGGAGGUGGUUGUAAUGGUUCGGGGGAGCACAGAGCCGCAUCGAGGUGAUAUGGAGUUACUUCCUGUCAGAGAUCUGGGUGUAGAGAUGAGGUCGCUAUCUCCCCUUGUCCCGGAAAUCACUGUUGUUUUGGGACCCCUCUGCUUUUUGUGAUGUGUGUGUGUGUGUGUGUGUGUGUGUGUGUGUGUGUUUGCGUGUGUGAAAUAAUGAACUGUAAAUAUCUCAUUUAUUUAAUAAGCAGGGAUAUAUGGUGUCUAGAUAUUUUACAUGAACAAUUUUGUUCAGAUUAAUUUGCUCAGUGCUUUACUGUUUUGUGUAUAUUUAUUGAAUUGUCACAAGCUGAAUGAAUUGUUAGAUUUUAUCAUAUGAAGCAUUGUAUACAUUGUUAUCUAAUGUUUAUGCAGUACCUAAUUGUAUUUGUUUUAAGGAAAUUGACUUGGAAGGCAGUGUUAUCACAACUCAGUGUAUUUGGUGUCUCAUAAUCCUCACAGGGGGAGGAUGUACAGCACUAUAAAAAUAAAAGUAUGACUUUAAACAUGUGGAAUAAAAUCUAGCCGUGCACAUCUGUUGUAGUUUUACUGAAC